UAAAUUCACGAACACCACUCCUCAAAAUUUGAAAUCAUAAAAAAAAGUAUUUUUUGUGAAAAGAUAAAUUUUUUGAUUCUAUCUAUACCAAUAUAUAUUAUGGCAACGAGUGUUGUUGCUUCGAAAAUAUUUAGAUUGCCUAAGAAAAUGGCGUCCAACCAGCUGCCGGAAUUUCCUUCCGAUCAGAAGAGUUUCGAGCUGAAAAAUGUGGUCGGAAAUAUCAAAUCUAGCUACACGCCGCAGGCAGUCACGGCCAACGCUCCGACGUCUGAGAAAAUAUCUCAAAGCAUCAGCAACAGUCCUCUAGCAAACUACGUUCCACUCUUCGUGAUGCUUCCAUUGGGAGUGAUUACUAGAGAAAAUGAAUUUCCCGAUCAAGCAACGAUGGAACGGCGGCUAACGGAAUUACGAAAAGCCGGCGUCGACGGCGUUAUGGUUGACGUCUGGUGGGGUGUAAUUGAGGCCAAAGGGCCUAAACAGUACAAUUGGAAUUCUUACAAGAGAUUGUUCCAAGUUGUACAAAAAUGCGGCCUUCGAAUUCAGGCAAUCAUGUCGUUCCAUCAGUGCGGCGGCAACAUUGGAGACGCGGUCUACAUUCCGUUACCGGAAUGGGUUCUCGCCAUCGGAGAGGGAGAUAAAGAUAUAUUCUACACUAACCGGUUUGGUAACCGGAACCCUGAGUACCUCUCUCUUGGUGUUGAUAACUUGCCUAUCUUUCGGGGCCGAACGGCUAUCGAGAUGUACAGGGACUUCAUGCAGAGUUUUAGAGAUGAGAUGGUGGAUUUGUUGGAGUCUGAGACGAUCAUGGACAUUGAGGUCGGAUUAGGUCCGGCCGGGGAAAUGAGAUACCCGUCAUAUCCCCAAGACCAAGGAUGGAAGUUCCCUGGGAUUGGGGAAUUUCAGUGCUACGAUAAGUACAUGAAACGAGAAUUCAAGGACAUUGCGGCCAAAGCAGGGCACCCUGAAUGGGAUCUCCCGGAUGAUACGGGCACAUACAACGACACGCCCGAGAAAACGGGUUUCUUUAGUGCGAACGGGACUUAUCUGUCGGAAAAAGGGAAGUUUUUCUUAACGUGGUAUUCGAACAAGUUGAUCGAACACGGUGAUCAAAUCCUUGAUGAAGCCAAUAAGGUAUUCCAAGGGUGCAGUGUCAGACUUUCUAUAAAGGUCUCUGGAAUCCACUGGUGGUACACUGACAAUAGUCAUGCAUGCGAGUUGACAUCGGGAUACUACAAUGUCAAAGGUAGGGACGGUUAUCGUCCCGUUGCUAGGAUGAUAUCCAGUCACUAUGCUACAUUGAACUUCACAUGCCUCGAGAUGAUAAACUCGGAACAGCCAGCGGAUGCUAAAUCCGCCCCCGAACAACUUGUGCAACAGGUAUUGAGCGGCGGAUGGGUCGAAAACGUAGACAUAGCCGGAGAGAAUGCUCUUUCGAGAUACGAUCGGAAAGGCUACAACCAAAUCCUACUAAAUGUUAGGCCAAAUGGUGUCAAUAAAUAUGGUCCACCUAAAUAUAAGAUGGUUGGAGUAACAUACCUUCGAUUAUCGGAUGAACUUUUUGAGUCAAAAAAUUUCAAAAUAUUCAAACAAUUUGUCAAGAAAAUGCACGCGGAUAUGGACUACAUGCGGGAAAUGACGGAUGUGCCCAUAUUGCGGAGAUCAAAAUCGAAGAUUCCGAUUGAGAAACUUCUAGAAGCUACGGAACCAAUCAAGCCCAUUUCAUGGAACAAUGUAACUGACAUGAGCGUCGGAGGCCCUUUUGCUGAUUUUUUGGACAAUAUACUUGACAAAUUUUUUAUACUAAAAUGAGUUCCAUAAACUUGUUUGAACCCAAACUUGUAAUUUCAUUAUUUUUUUGAAGCUUAAUUAUGAGUACAUAUAAAUUGGUUGUAUUCUAAA